GCAAGGCGAACUUAGAUUAUAGUUCCCCAGGAAAACCGAGCAAUGUUAUCGCCCCAAUUUUUGAUUCUAAGUUUAAUCUCAGGGUUACAGCUGCUUUCCUUGGCAGAUGCUGAUCCCAUGAUAGAGGUCUUCCGAUGGAAGCAGAUGGACUUUUACAAUCGCGGAGAUGGCCAUCUAAGCUCGGGCGGAAGGAAAGACAGGCCCAGCUUUUCAGCUCCGGUUGUCUUUCCUGGAAAGUAUUCUCGUCGAAAGCGUAAGAUUAUGACCUCCCGCGAUACACCGGUAGUGGUCAGCUCCCGCGCCGACAGCGACGACCCCAACGCCUCCUACAUUCCGUACAAUAACGUGCCCAUGGGAGCCACUCACUUCCGCGGCCGCCUCUUUGUCACGAUGCCUCGUCGACGGGUGGGCAUCCCAUCCACCUUGAAUUACAUCGAUCUGGCCGAGGACGGAUCGAAUCGCAGCCCCAAGCUGCGGGCCUAUCCCAACUUUGCGCUUAAUCAGUUCAACGCGAGUGCGGAGAAUCUGGUGUCCGUCUACAGAACCUCCGUGGAUGCAUGCCAGCGUCUCUGGUUUAUCGACACGGGAAUGCUGGAGUAUCCAAAUAACCGCCAACAGAUCCGCCGUCCCAGCAUUUGGGUAGUUGACUUGGCCACGGAUCAGGUGCUGAAGCGCUUCGAUGUUCCGGAGAGUAUAGCUGAGACGGGUCGCGGAUUGGCCAGCAUCACCGUGGAUGUGAAGGCGGGUCAGUGUGGCGAUGCCUACGCCUAUAUUCCGGAUCUGGUGUACCGGCGCCUGUACGUCUAUCACCUGCGAAACGAUAGAAUCUGGUCCUUCGAGCACAACUACUUCAACUUCGAUCCGCUGUCCGGGGAUCUCAGCAUUGGCGGCCAGACCUUCCGCUGGGACGAUGGCAUCUUCUCAAUAACUUUGGGGGCCCAGAAACUGGAUGGGAGCCGCGAUGCCUACUUCCAUCCCAUGGCCAGUACGAAUGAGUUUGUGGUCUCCAACCGGGUUCUGCAGCAGGAAUCCAACGCCGCACGUUCCGAUCAUGGGAACGAUUUCCGGGUACUCGGAAGCCGUGGUCCGUCCACCCAGUCUACGAUGCACGCUUACGAUCCUGGGACUGGGGUGAUCUUCUUCGAUGAGAUCCAGCGCAACGGAGUGGGCUGCUGGAAGACCAGCAAGCCCAUCUCGGCGGAAAACUAUGGCUCUGUGGAUUCCAAUGCCGAGGAUAUGAUUUAUCCCAGCGACUUGUCGAUUGACGAGGAUGGCACCAUUUGGGUCAUGUCCAACUCCAUGCCCAUCUUCAUCUACUCCACACUGGACACGAGUAUAUACAAUUUCCGGAUUUGGAAGCAGAAGGCUUCACUGGCCAAGAGGGGCACAGUUUGUGAGUGAUUCGUGUGGAAUUCCUGUUGAAUUUGUUACUUAAUUAAAAAUACAUACAUAAGUAAGAAUG